AUGGGGAGUGGUAAGAAAAAGAAAAAGAAGAACUCGAAUCAGAACAACAACAACAACAACAACAAUAACACUCCGCAAAGUGCCGCUCGCCAAACUUCUAAUGACGCGGCUUUGGCGGACACACCAGAAACACCGAAAUUUAUUGAAGACCACUUCACUCGUCAAAACGAAAUUCAAAAGUCUGUCGAAGUAAUAACAAACUCGCCGUUUCCAUCUCCUAUACUCUCACCAACGCCUACGCCAGCAAAGAAAGUGGUCCCGAAAUCAACACUAAAUGAGACAAAGUCAACCGAUUCAAUACCAGCCGAAGCAGAGAUAGAAGAAGAACGAGAUGAAGUCACUGAAAAAAAGUUGCAUUUUAUUCACGAGGCAGAAGAAAAUACGACAACAUCAACAACAACUGCGGUUACUUCACCUUCACCGUCGCAAGCGAGUGUGGGGACCAAAAUUGAUAAAAUCGAGAGUCGAAUAGCGGCAGAUCCAAUACAUUCGCAAAGGACACAAACGACUACGCAGACAUCCACGACGCUUCUUUUGGAAACGAAUCGAGACCUGCGCUCGGCACUCGCAGACAGCAUAAGCGAACUCGCCUCCCUGGAAGAGGAGAACGAGCGAUUGAAUGAACAAGUACGGAAAGAAAUAGAUAUAGAGCGUCCAAAACUGAUUGCUGAAGCGUGCGAGGACUUGUCGGAGCGAUUGCAAAGAGCAGAAGUGGCGAUUGAAAGAGAGCGACGAGAGGCGACGAAUGGGAAGUUUGCCUUGACAGAGUUACACGCAACCAAACAAAAGCUCGCGGAUGCGUUACAACUAGUGAAAGAGAGUAGAAAGAGUAACGCGAAUAGCGGUGAAGAAAAGGCGAACGAAAACGAGGAAAUGACAAAUGUAGAAACAGAACGAAUACGCGUCAUGAAGGAAGCGUUGGAGAAAGCCGAAGACAAGGUGCUGGUGAUGUUUGCCGAUUUGAGUGCGACAAAGGUUGAAUUAAAUCGUCUUCGAGAAGAAAAUACUGAAUUAAAAACGAAACAUGCGCUCUUGGAAACUAAACUGGAAGAUAUGCAUAACCAGAGAGAGCAAGAGAAGGGAAAGGAAAAGGAUUCUGCGCCAGAUACAAACGACACGCGAGGGAAUGUAGAACACCGCCACGAACAUCAACACCAAAUAAUGAUGUCUCCGCGAGCGGUAAAAGAGGAAUUAGAACUCGCAAGUCUCAUGAAGAAGAACGCGGAGAUGCGAGAUAGAGAGUCGCACAAGAAAAUGGAGGAAGCUGAGAGACAAAAGGACGCGGCGGUGAAGGUUGUGGAGAAAUUGCGGACUGAGAAUGAAGAGAUAAGACGCGAGAACGAGAAGUUGAGACGACGAUUUCUUCUCGAGCAAGAUAGUAGUAACAUCGGUCAAGACGUGGAAUUAGCAAGGAACGAUAAAGUCCAUAGCGGUACUGAGAGAGCAGAAAAGAUAAGCGAGAAAACAUCUGUAACGAAGAAAGUUGCAGUCGUCGUCGCGAAGAAGCGGGAGAGACCAAGCGUAUUAAGACUGCCGAGCUUUGCGUGGUAUUUCAUAUCGGGUAGCGAUAAAGCGCCGGAAUUCCGCAUCGAGGAAGAUGAUAGUAAUUAG